GGAAGUGGAUUGGCUCUGACCUGAGGCAGUGGGAGGAGACUCUGACAAUGAAUGUGCUGAGGACACACAUGUUUACAAUGAUAGAGCUGGGGGGGAAGAAUGGAGCUGCGCUGGAUCACUGAACACCAUGGUGCAGCACUUGAACAGCCGGACAGACAAGGUAGCUAAUGAAAGUCACAACAGAAGCAGACCAGAGUGACACAGUGUCAUGUGAGAAACGUGCAGAACACACGUUCAGUGAGUUAUCACAAAAGUUGUUUUUGACGUCUCUGUUCUGCACCAAGUACAAUACGCGCUCCCUGUUCCCUGCAAUCUCACACAGGGGUGACAAGUCAUUACAAGAAGUAACAGGACAAACUGAAGCUCAUUUCUCAGGGAAGACCAGUGUUCAGCUGCUGGCAACUUCAUCCUAAGAGUCUAUGUUUGAUGCCCAGCCUUCCCACAGGAUGGCAUCCACUGUUUCCACAGUCCCACAUCAUGUAUUUGGCCCCUCGCCGCCCCCUCCAGCUGUUUGGCCUCCACUGGACUUUGCCCUGGGCGCUCUUGCCUGCUGCGGUGCCUGCGUGUUCACCAAUCCACUGGAGGUCGUGAAGACUCGCCUGCAGCUCCAAGGGGAGCUGUGUGCACGGGGCUCCUACCAGAGACACUACCGUGGAGUCCUGCAGGCCCUCUGGGUGGUGGGCCGCACAGACGGGCUCCGGGGCCUGCAGAAGGGGCUCACAGUCGGGCUGAUGUACCAGGGUGUGAUGAAUGGUGUGAGGCUUGGCUCCUAUUCCUACUGUGAAGGUCUGGGUAUCACCUCACUGCAUGGGGGGAGUCUGCUGUCAGGGGCGGGGGCCGGAGCUCUGGGUGCCUUCAUUGCCUCUCCUGCCUACCUGGUGAAGACCCAUCUGCAAGCUCAAACUGUGCAAGCCAUAGCUGUAGGUCACCAGCAUAACCACCUGGGAGUGUCUGAUGCCUUUGUUUCCAUCUAUAGAAGAGAAGGUUUGAUUGGUCUUUGGAGGGGUGUGAACGGGGCCGUGCCUAGAGUCAUGGUGGGAUCAGCUGCUCAGCUGGCGACCUUCACCUCGGCCAAGGAAUGGGUGUCACAUUCCCAGAGGUUUAGUCCAAACAGUGUGCUCAUAGCUUUGAUCGCCGCCAUGAUCAGUGGAGUUGCUGUGGCGUUCACUAUAACACCGUUUGACGUCAUUAGUACGAGGCUCUACAAUCAGCCGGUGGAUGAGUUUCAUCGGGGACGUCUGUACCAUGGAUUUUCAGACUGCGUGCUGAAGGUGUGCCAAGCUGAGGGUCUGUUGGGGUUCUACAAAGGCAUGGGCCCCGUCUUCCUGCGUCUGGCCCCACACACGGUGCUCAGCAUGUUGUUCUGGGAUCUGAUGAGGCAUCAGGCAGUGAAGGACAGCCGGAGCUAAAACGCCCCAAAUACGCUCCAAACUGCUGAACUCAUUUAGAGCUAUCAAAGUGGUCCAUCAAUGAAAGGAAGACUGUAGAUAAAAAAUAAGUCAGACAUUUUGUAAAAUAUGAUACUGCUGAUACCACUUUCAUGUCUGUACGGUAGUAUGAAUAAGCACAAUUCCCAAAAUGUCAAACUAAUUGUUUGUUGUUGUUUAUGAGAGACUUGUUCUGUCCCAUGGAAGAGCGUUACAUACUUGAUGGAAGAUGGACACGUUGCACAGACAUUUUGAGGAAUUCCUAAAUUCUCCCACAUGAGAAGUUGUUGAUGCACUGAUCAGGUUUUACCUUCAAAAUACCUCAAAUGAUGAAUUUAAAAGUGAUCUCUCAGGAACACUGAUAGUGAGAGAGGUGCCUGCAGUGUGGGUUGGCAAGCAAAUCAAUGAAGUGCAAGAACAAUUCUGGAUUAUUAAAACAUAAAAUUCUCUAUUCCAUGUUUAUAAUCCAGUGAGGCUGCUGUAAUGUGUCACAGUUAAAUGCAUAACUCGUGUUGCCUUGUCUGUUAAAUGUAAAGAAAGAUGUGAUGGGAUUGUUUUUAUUAACUCUCAAAUGAAGGACUGGUACUUUAAGCCAAGAAUGCCAUUUGAUUUUGAGGUUUUUAUUGACAGAAAUUUUACCUUUGGAUACUCAAAGCCUUUGAACACCAGUUGUUAAUAAUAAUAAUAAUAAAGUUUUCUUGUAUGAAA